AGCUGGUUCACUUCCUACAGGGACUGAAAACCAAGUGAGGAGAUGAUCUCAAGCUUUGGUGGUUCUUUGUUUUAUUUUCUGAGUUUCUGAAGCUGUGAAACUGACUGGUGAAAUGGAUGUGAAUAGCCAAUCAGAAGGAAUGUACCAUACUGUACUGGAGAAUACAGAGAGGAUAGACAUGCCAGAUGGAUCUUGGCCAUCACCCAAGGAACAACUGCACAACUAUGGGAGGACAUCAGUCCCAUUGCAGCAUUGCUGAACACAGAAGAUUGGACCGUGAAACUAUCAGCUGCAAAUCGGUCAUGUCAGGGGAGCUUUGACAUAUCAUCAGAUCUGAAAUUGGUCAGUGGUGUGGAGCCUUUCAUCAGAACUGACCUUUCUGAAGCAUCAACAAAUACAGAAGAUCUUGAUGAAAUGAAAUGGAAAAUAAUCGAAUCCUCGUGUAACUCCAGAAAAUCCAAAAGCAAACUGCUCACAGUAGCCGAGUCUUGUGUCUACUCAGCCUCUCAACCAAGAGAAGCUGUUCUGUGAGUGAUUGGUCAGGGUGAGAAGCUGGGAACAAGUUUUAGUGGCUCUUAGUGUGGUUAGACCUUCAAUCAUUCAUCAAGCCUCAUGAACCACUGACUCAUUCAUACAGGUCAAUUUUCAGAAUCCACGAACAUUGUCAUAUUUGGAUUUUCUUAAAUGGCUGUCAUUCCCUCCGGUAUUUCUACACUGCAAUGACCCCAAUUCAUGGUCUCCCCAAGUUUCUGGCUAUUGGUUAUGUUGAUGACAUUCCGAUAGAUUACUAUGACAGCGAUCUUCGCAAAUUGAUCCCUCUGCAACGAUGGAUGGCAGAGUGUCAGGACCCUGAGUAUUGGGAACAGCAGACUCAGGUCCUGAGGAGCUCUGAGCACAUCGGGCUGACCAAUAUUCAGACAGCCUUAAACCGCACCAACCAGAGUGGAGGGAUCCACACAGUCCAGGUGAUGCAUGGCUGUGAGCUCCAGACUGAUGGGAGGAGCAACGGAUUUCACCAGGAAGGCUGGGAUGGCCAGGACUACAUUAGCUUUGACAAGGAGCACAUGGUGUGGGUGACUCCAGUAUCCUGGGGACUGAUUACCAAGAACAAGUGGGACCAGGACAAGGCCAGGAAUCUGCAGAGGAAGAUUUACCUGGAGAGAACCUGCAUUGAGUGGCUGAAAACAUACUUGAAGCAGGGAGAGAAAGCGUUAAAACCCAUUGCUCCUCAGAUGUUUCUUACUGUGGAUGUCACAUCAGCAACUGAAUCAGCUCAACUGUCCUGUCUUGUGACAGGAUUUUACCCUCGAGAUAUUGAAGUCAUCCUCCUAAAAAAUGGCACACCAAUUGGAGAAACGUACUCCACUGGAAUUCUUCCCAACCACAAUGGCACUUACCAAUUCAGGAGAUGGGCAGUAAUAGAAUUGGAAGACACAGCCACUUAUUCCUGUCAGUAUGAACACGGCAGCAAAGGAGUGGAGACCAGACAGUGGGUUGAGGCAUUUCAACUAUCUCCAAGAUCUCGACAGGGAACAAGUAAACAUUUGGAUGUUGGAAUUGUUGCUGCUGUCCUCGUUCUGAUUGGUCUUACCAUUGGUAUGUUUGUCUGGAAGAGGAGAAGGAAGAUAUCAGGACCAGAUCUGUCACUGACAGGAGGAGAGAAGAAAUCUGGUUCCGAUGUGGGAAAACUAACUACUGAUUCAGGGGAAUCACCCUGAAUCUUCCUCUUUGGCCUGAGGUAUGAAGUCACACUCUGGAAUUGUUAUGGCUGAACAUGCAUCAAACCAGCAUGAACUAUGGGCCUGUUGCACUGGGGGAAGAGACUGGACUGAAUAUCAUCUUUGAUUUCUCACGACAUAUUUUUCACUCUGGGAAAACCCAGGUUUGUGACCCAGUCUGGAAAAAACAACAACUCCAAGUAAUGAGGUCAAUAGCUCUGGUGUCGCAUCAUUCAGUUUCAUUUAAUGCACAGGGCCGUAAUUAAUUUGUUUGUUAUGUGGAAGGAAUAGUUUAAUUUUGUCAGCAUUGAGCAAGCCAGAGUCAGGUCCGUUAGAGCGUGAAACUUCUCUCUUCCUCCUCGAGUCACCACCUUUUCUACUGCAGCAGCUCACUAUUCAUUGCUUCACUUCCCAAUAGCAAGAGGACCUUGUAUAUUGAUAAGCCCAGCUAAGCCAUUCAGCCCCUCGGACUCAUCCUUGCUCAGUGAAAUAUGAUUUCUCCCAAUCCUCUUGUCUAACUGCUGUCCAAUGACCAAUUCCAGUAUUAACUACUCAGUGUGAAUUGGUCUGAUUCUUUUGUUUCUCUGGUAUUGUAGUGAUGUUUAAAAAUGAAUCUUCUGGGAUCCUCUUGUUCUAUUCAAGGUCUCUGACCUGUAGCAGAAUUCACUUCCCUGAAAGACUCAUCUGCUAAUCCUGAAACCUGAACAACAAGUCUCUGCCACAGGAUCAAACAUUGGUCCCGUUCCCCUUUAAAGAAUCAGAAUUAAUUUACAUCUUCCUCUCUCUGUUCAAACAACUUGACAAAAAUUCCUCCUCUUCUCUCUCCUCACGUAGUCACCACUUAAAAUCAUUUGUUACCUUCACUGACUCCUCAGAUAGGGAAAAAUUGGCACUUCUUAAUUUUGUAAACCCUUGAUUAAAUCAUCUUUUAUUUCUUCUGCUCCUGUUCAGAGUCAGCACACUGGCCACUGAGCGAGAUUAGUGUUGAUGGCAAGAUGUUGUGGGGAGUAGACCUGUCGAUGAGACUCAAAUAUGUAUGUUUUAAGUUUUUUUUCCCUCUUCUUGAUUGUUAAUAACAAGCACUUGGUAAUAGUUUGUGUACAAGUUUGUUGCAGUAUGCAAAUUUUCACAUUAGGUGUGAAAGGAUGUGUGUCAGAUACCAUCAAACUGUGACAAAAAAUGCAAAGUUUGGCACAGAUGUAUCCUGUUAUGAACUUGUUGUGAAAGCAACUUUAUCUGAUGUGAAAAGAGUUGUUUUUCUGCAAUAUUUUGGAUAAGAAUAACCUGGAUUAAUUGAAUUCUGUUACUGAUCCAUUUCCUGAUAUGUUGCAAAGACCGGUCUCUCUGACAGUGUAAUAACUUAGGUACAUUGUAAAGGUACAGUAAAUUGCAGCUUUCAAAAAGCAGCAAUAUACUUAAAUGUAAACUGGCUACUGUAUUUAGAAACAGAAUUUCUGUCAGACCGGGUCGGGGUGUUGGGAGGUGCUGGAGUUUAAUAAUUGAGACUUGUGAUCCAUUUCAGCUGUUUUGCCAAUGUUUAAAUCAAGACUGUAAUAAACACAGGAGCUGAGUGGCCAAGCAGAGCCCACACUGGCAUCACUCAGUGGUUUAUUGAGCGGGGACUGCUUGAUAGCACUGAUACCUUUCACCAUUUCACUAAUGAUCAAGGGAAGUCUAAUGGGAUGGUAACUGGCUGUGUUGGGUUUUUUCCUGCUUUUUCUGCACUGAACAUACUUGGGUAGUUUUCCACAUUGUCAGAUAUAUACCAAUGCCAUAAUUGUACUGGAACAUCUUGGUGAGGGGAGUGGCAAGUUCUGGAGCACAAGUCUAUAGCAUUAUUGAUAGAAUGGUUGUUAGGGCCGUGGACAUCUCAUCAUCUGCUGUCUCCAACCGUUUCUUCAUAUCAUGU